AGCUUUAAAAUCACCGAAAUGAAAGUCCUCGUGAAAGGAACAGGUUACUUCCAACCCUUAUUUUAACUUCAAAUUUGUCUCUCCAUCCAAGUUCAUAGUCUCUACAUAGCAGACUGCAUCCUCAUAACAGGAUGAAAGUAAUAGGAGGUCUGCAGGGAAGAAUUCAUCCUUCAUUAUCUUCACUAUAUGCCCUACCUUCAGAUUCUUCCACUCAGUAUAUUCAAAAGUUCCAUGUCCUUUAUGCAUUUUAACUCUUCUAUUAUUUACUUCAAUAUCCUGCAGCAGGAUUCCACUAGCUAGGUUAUAAACUCCAACAAAGCAAAUCAUUAUUGCUUUAGUUUCUCUUAAUAUAAAAUAUAAACAACAAGAUUAUUGACUCAAACUAGUUUGUCAAUGUAUGAAUUUUAAGAACUCAUUCAUGUUUUUUUCAGGAGAAGAUGUCAACAGAAAUGUGUCAAAGUGACAACUCUAAUGAAAUUUCAACUAAUGAUAGUCUUAGUAAAGUGUUGGGAAAGGAUCAUGCUGGAUGUGUACGUUGCUUGGGAUUAGGAGGUCUACAUAGUGUGGCAUUUCAAUCAUCCACAAGAUUUAGUGGUGUAGGGUGCAGUUCUUCAAAUUCUGAUUCCACUGAAAAUUCUCAACUGAAAAAGGAAGUAAUUAGUUUGAAGGGUCAAUUGGCAAAUUCUCAAGAAAAUGUCAAGACAUUAAAAAAUGUCAUGCUUGCUUACAUACAAAUGAAGGAAGGACAUAUUCCUACUGAGUUAGAGGCUAUGUUUGGUAGUGGUAGUAGUAAUGUAGCGGAUGAAGGGAGUGGACAUGACAUGCCAACACCACAAGGAGGAUCUUCAUUAGAUAACAUCACAGCAGCAAGCAACGGCAAGGAAAUAUCUUAA